CAUUAAACAUAGACACAGAAUCAAGUACCAUCUUCUUCAAAAUGCAUAUACUCAUCCUCCUUGCUUUUGCUCCCAUCAUCCUCAUAACCCGCUACGUCUUAUCUUUCCUCUAUCUCACCUACACCACACGCACCCUCCAGUCCAUCCCAGGCCCAUUCUGGGCGCGCUUCACACGCUUCUGGUACUUCCGCCGUCUAUGGAACGGGCACUUCGAAGAUGACAACAUCCGUCUGCACGACCAAUACGGGCCCAUCGUGCGCAUCGCCCCUGACCACUACAGCAUCAAUGACCGGGCUGCGUUGAAAACGAUCUACGGGACGGGCACCAAGUUCGCGAAGGCCGCGUGGUAUGAGGGUUGGAAGCAUCCGGAUCCUCAGCGGUGGACUUUAUUUCCUGAUAGGGAUAUUAAGAGACAUGGCGAGACUCGAAAGAGGUUCUCGAGUUUAUACUCGAUGAGUUCUCUGGUGCACUAUGAAGAAUUUGUGGAUCAAUGCGCGGAUGUCUUCUUCCAGAGAUUGAGUGAAUUUGCCGAGGGAGAUGCGAAGUUCAAUCUCGGGGAGUGGCUCCAGUUCUAUGCUUUUGAUGUUAUCGGGGAGAUUACCUAUGGGCAACGCUUUGGCUUCCUCGACAAGGGCCACGAUAUUGACGGGACUAUUGGCGCACUCCAGAACCUGAUGGCUUAUAGCUCGCUGAUUGGCGUAUAUCAUGAAUGGCAUCCCCGGCUUUUUGGGACCUUGAGUCGCUUUACUUGGUCCGGCGCAGGCGGCCGAGCAUACAUCAUGCGCUACGUCCAGGAGAAGAUUGCCCGUCACAGCACACAAAAGAAAAGCGACGUUGAACACGGUCCCUUGAAAACCCAAACAUUCCUCGAGAAGAUGAAUCUCGCCAGAGACAAAGAUCCCGAAAAGGUCACAGACUACCACGUCUUCAUGAUGGGUCUCUCAAAUGUUAUCGCCGGGUCAGAUACAACAGCCAUCAGCCUCUCCUCAAUCAUGUAUCACCUCCUACAUUAUCCCGCCGUGCUCAGCAAACUACGCGAGGAAAUCAACGAUUACACCGCUCGAGGCCUCUGCAGCGAACGAGUCACUUUCAAAGAGAGCCAAGAAAUGCCCUACUUCCAAGCUGUCAUGAAAGAAGCCCUCCGUAUGCACAGUGCAACAGGGCUCCCGUUCUGGCGCGUCGUACCCCCCGGCGGUGCACAAAUAAGCGGCCAUUUCUUCCCCGAGGGGACUGUAGUCGGUGUCAACGCAUGGGUACCACACUACGACGAGACAAUAUUUGAAGACGCAAAGACAUUCCGACCAGAGAGGUGGAUCGAGGCCGAGGAUGAGCCUGAGAGGCUGAAGGUUAUGAAUGAGAUGUAUAUGCCGUUUGGCUUAGGUUCUCGAACCUGUCUUGGGAAGCACAUUUCCAUCUUAGAAAUGUCAAAGCUCAUUCCCCGAAUCAUCCGUGAAUUCGACUUUACUGCAGAGAACCGAAAAUGGAAUACUGAGAACUACUGGUUUGUCAAGCCGACUGACUUCGAGGUACGGGUUCGUCGGCGGGAGAAGGCUGCUGGGGUGUAAAGGUACCUUACCUGACAAGGCAACUGCAACCCGCACCAUGGACUCGUCAGUUCAUGCAAAAUAAGAAAGAACGACCGAGACGGCCCAUAGCACCUUCCUCAUGAAACAUCAUAUAUAUAUUGCAAUGUUCGGAAGGUGCAAGCAACAAAACAUUCUGUUUAAAUAGGAAAGAACAUGUAUAACUGAUCAGAGUGGAUAUCAAACAAGCGGCGCAGAAAGAAUCCAACAACAAACAGCCUACCUACGUAGAAGAUUCAACCCAUUUCUUAAAAUCCACAUUAAAACUCUCAAACCCCUUCCUCGUAUCCUCCCUCAUCCCAAGCCAACUCCCCAAGUACCCUUCACCCAUGACUCCUGCCAACAACCCACUAAACCUCUCCUCAUGUACAAGCCUCGUCCGAACUCCAGACCCAGCGGUAUCCGAGCCAGAAACACUCUCAAAUCGAAAUAUAUGCGCCCCCG